ACCAGGUUGGUGCGAAACAGCAUUAAUUUUCAAAUGAUUUUUUUCUCUUUUGUGCAGUGAUUCACGGACGCCAUGUCAGGGUGAAACAGAGUGGGUUGUAAAUAGCAAGCUAGGAGAUUCCCUUAGGUCGACACAGUUUUCCUAGCUCUGCGUCACGGCUGAGUUUUUGUUCUUAUCUAACACUAAGCAUUUCAUCUUACGCUAUCCAUUAUAAUUAUGAUCUCCAACCACGCCUAGCCGUUAUGGAAUUGUGGUCACGCUUUAUGCUGGUUUAUUGAAGCGAUGCGUUUAGUGAGUGUCGGAUACGACAGCUAGCAGCUUUGGCAGGAAGCGGGCGGGGUGGCUCGGAGGUUCGGAGGCUCGGCGGCACGGCAGUAGCGGCCCGUUGCCUACGCGACGCGCUCGUCAGGAUACCCUGGAUUUGUAUAGCUCGCGAUGCCAACCUUCACGAACACAGUGCGCGACUAAGGAUUGUAGAUAUUGGAACCAGUGUUUUGUAGACCUGGUAAUCAUGAAAAUCAAACAGAUCACCGAUAACGGUAAUGUGGCUGCAGAGAACGGGCAUCAGAUACCAUCACACAUAAACUCUAGCAACCGGGGCUGGCUACCCAAUAAAACCAGCUCUGAAUAUUUUUAUAAUAAUAUUAACAGGACGGAACAUUCCCAAUUUAAUUCUAAUUACAAUAAUUCGAAUAUUACCACUGGUUUGUUCAGAAAUAAUACUGUGCAAAAAAAGAAUGUUACGAAUGAAACCUCCAACUUGACUGCUGAACCAGUGUGCAAUACCCUGUAUAGGCUGAAUAAUCAAAAUAACCCAGUAUUUUUGAAUUUGAAUAACACAGAAGCUAGCAACCUGGAGGGCGCCACGGAAAAUUUCCUCGCUCCCCGUGAAAGCUUUCUAGGUAGUAAUGUGUCUUCGAAUACAACCCCAAUUGAUGACGAGCGGCCGUUUGAUCAUUCAGACACGGAUGAGAUGUCUGAGAAUGGCAGUCGCCCUGUGCCUAGAGGAAUCGUGAAUCCAAAUUAUCCAGGUUUUCAACACUUGGCGCAUACGUUGCAGGAUUAUUCUUCAAACAUUGAAAAUUUUUAUCACUCUGAAAAUGACAUGACGGACGACGAUAUAGAUUUAGAGAUAACCGAAUCAACAUAUGAACCAGAGCUUAACUUAAAUGAAACCACCAUUGUAUGUAAAAAUAUCAAUAAUAAUAAUAACCAGGAAGAAUUUAAAAAUUCUAAAAUACUAAGUUCACCUAUUGAGAGUAAAGUAACAGCAACGUCAGAUAGUCUUUCACAAAACGAAAUUCCAGAUUUAUUAAAAACAAUAUCAGAAAAUAAUAACAACAUCAACCGUAGUGAAUUUGAUAUAGCUUGCACUGAUACAGAUAUAGAAAAUAACUUUCACACUAAAGAUAUUAUAGGGGAUUUUAAUAAAGAAAUUGAAGACGAAAUAAAACAAUUGUUAAAUUAUAACAUUAAUAUUCAAGACGAUUUAGAAGAAUUAAGAAAAGAUAUCAAAGAUACUUUUGCGAAGCCAAUUGAAAAUACCAUUAAUAACAUAAGUGAAGUCGUGAAUCAUGUUAUAAAGAAACUGGUUGAAACUCAUGUUGAUGAAAUCGAGUACAGUCCAGAUAAAUCAGCAAAUAAAACAAGUAGUAGAGAAGUGUUAAAUAAUGAAAUUAGCGACAUUAAACAAAAUGAAGCAAAUGCAAUAAAAGAAAUGAAUCUCAGUAGGCCUACAUUUUUAUUGAUAGAAAAUAACACGAAUAAGAUAACCGAUGCAUUCUUAUCAGACGGAAAAGAUGAAAUCACCCUUUAUGAAAACGAAUAUGAUACAAAAAAUAUGAGCAAUAACGUCGAAAAUACAAUAAAACAACUCAGCACUGAGUUAAGGAAAAUCAUUCCGAAGUUAGAUGAAAUGCGAGAACGUGAUAGAUUAUGGAUAAGGGAUAAAAAAGAACCGUCUGUGAUCCUUACAGAUGGUAAUUUUAAUGAAGUUGCAAAUUCGUCUCAAUAUACCGGAGACAUGAAAGGUGGAAACAACCCCGAUGUAUUUACAAAAAAACCGACCAAGGUACUGAGUGAACCAUCGGCGCCAGAGGAACAGCCAAAGGAAUUGGCACCAGCUAAGAAGUAUACCAGAUCAGCUCAAAGCAACUCAUCCGUCCGAAUAGGUGAAAUAGUAGACAAAUGUGAUUUGGGAAGUUUCGACGUCUAUAACAUAGAAACUGCUCUGCCCAAGUUAGAUUUCGAUGCGAUUGAAAAUCAUUUGAAGGCAGCUAAAGAAGCAGAGAGACGGAAACGCAAUGAUAGGGAAGAGAUCAGAAAACGUUUGGCCAUGGGGGCUGACAGUGAGGAAUAUUACAGCAUGGGACACACUGACAGGCCAGGAAAAAAACCAAGCCUACACUCGAGACUGCAGAAUGGUGCUAAGUUACGUCCCACAACUCUUUCACUGAAGACAUCCAAGUCUCGAUCUUCACAGUCCCUCGGACACAUAGAGCUAAAGGAGUCUGAUUUCUACGCACUUCAGGCGACGCUUCAAACCGAGGCAAGGAUUGCGCUCGCGCAGGCUAAAGAAUUGGCCCGAAUUCAGAUGGAGCGCGAGCGUCGCAGCCGCGGCGCGUCGCCGGUGACGGAGAUGCUGCGCAACUCUAUGCGCAAGGCCAACGCGCCGCUCGCGCCCGACCGCCGCCGCGUGGCGCGCCAGCUGCUCACCGACAUGAACGUGGCGCAGCUCCAGGUGGUGGUGAACGAGCUGCACUCACAGAUCGAGUCGCUAAACGAAUCUCUCGUGCAGCUGCUGAUGGCGCGCGACGAGCUGCACAUGGGGCAGGACUCCAUGCUCGUCGACAUCGAGGACCUCACCCGCUACCUAGAUUUAGUUAAAUUCGAAAAAAUGGACCAACAACAUCUUCUUGCGAUUUACUUAUAUGAACACCAAUUGGGAACCAGUUCGAGGGAAACUCCAAAUAAGAUUAACACUGCUUUUGGCCAAAACACUACUACCGAUCGCACAGUACGAAAUUGGUUCCAGCGCUUUAAUGAAGGAGACACAAGUCUAAAAGACAUUCCUCAUACUGGUCGCCCCGUCAGUUUUGACGAAGAAGCAUUGCGGCGCGAGCUUGAGUUGCAUAAGGAUUCCACCACCAGGGAUUUAGAGAAAACUCUGAACUAUCAAUACAGUACCAUUGAUCGCCAUCUGCAGUCGAUGGGUUACCGUAAAGUUUUGUCAAGAUGGACGCCUCAUGCGUUGACCGAUGCUCAACGUGCAUUACGUGUCAACAUUUGUGAAAGUCUGCUGUUGCGCCCCCAAAGAAAGAGCUUCCUGGAGUCAAUCAUCACUGGAGACGAGUCCUGGGUCUUGUACGAGAACGUUACACGAAAAGCCUUUUGGAUGCCUUCCGAUAAACGGCCACCAACACAGCCGAAAAGCAGUCCGCAUGGCCAGAAACUUCUCUUGUCAGUUUUCUGGGAUUCGCAAGGAAUGUUGCUGUGGGAGUUACUGGAGGACCAUCAGACUAUCAAUGCCGAAGCCUACGUGAAUCAACUACAAAAGUUGGCGAACGCUGUUAGAGAAAAAAGGCCAAAACGUCUUGUAGUAUCAUUACUUCAUGAUAAUGCACGACCACAUACGGCGAAAAUAACCUGUAAAUUUCUAGAGGAGCUCGGUUGGACAACAAUACCUCACCCACCUUAUAGCUCUGAUCCAGCACCUUCCGACUAUCAUCUUUUUCGGGCUUUGAAACAGCAUUUUCGUAAAAAGAAAUUCGAAAAUUCUGGCGACCUAAAACAUUACCUUGCCAACUUCUUUGCCUCUCAGCCACUUUCAUUCUGGGCCAGGGGUAUUGAAAUUUUGCCUAGCAGAUGGUAACAUGUUCUAGAUAAUGAUGGUGAUUAUAUUGUCGAUUGAUUGUUUCAAUAAAUAAAUAGUACAAAAAAAAAUAGUUUUCUUUCAAAGUGGGAAAAUAAUUAUGCAACAGCCCUAUAGUUACGUUGUUAUUUUGAACAAAAAAGGAAGUAUUUUGCAAAAUACCCUCGUCUGUAGGAGUAAGGCCUCUUAAGGAUAUCAUCCAAUAGUCCAGUGGUUAAUCCAUCCUCACUAGCAUACAUAUAGCGCUAUUCAUAAACGCAUGUUAAGUCUAACAAGCCAUUGAUACUCGUUUGUCCUUAUCCGUUGUUUUGAUAUUUGCGUUUGUUAGAAAGGGACGAACUUUAACAGAGGUCUGUUAAGUUUUAUGAAUAGAGGGGAUAGUCUUCAAAUUUCGGCAGGUCCUAAUUUUAAUUUUACAGUACAUAUGGUGCUACUUUACCGCACUAGUGCGAAAAUUUGCAUAUUACGUUACUCUGUCGAACAUUUAAAGGGCCAUAUGUACUGUAAAACAUUGUACGAUACAUGUGCGAAUAGGUAAUUCGCAACUCGUGUCGAUUUAAAACACUCCCUUCGGUCGUGUUUUCAUUUAUCACCACUCGUUUCGAAUUACCUAUUUUUCGCACUUUUAUCGUAAUGUACUAUUAAGCUUCAGCUUCAAGUUAUUAUUAAAAUACUAAUUGAAAUAAAUAUUGCAAAGGUUUGAAUUGUAUUUACUUACUUAUAAAUCUACGUACUACGUAAACUAUAGUGGGAGGCACGUUAUAAGGAAUAAAUACCCUCAUCUGUUCUGUUAUUUAUUAGUGAUAAGGUAUAAAAGUUAAAUAAUAUAUGACCGCGUUCAGCAAAACGUUUCACUUUGCCGCUUGCCAUAAGGACGCCUUGACAUGCAGGUUAUUCGUAUAAAGAUACAAGCAAAUCUCGUCCUUAUUGCACGCGACAAAGCACAUUGCACACAGGUGGUCUAGUUAUAUUGCGUUUAGUCAGUAUUUUCCUUAAUCUAUACUUCCGGUGUUAAUAUACCUUCAUCUGUUAUUUAAUCGUAUGUUAUAUCAAAUGGAGGCUUAUUUUAUACUUACAAUUAAUCUAACUGUAAUAGGUUGCCUUAUUUAAAAGUUGAACAAGUCCAUGGUUGCCAAGAUUUUAGAUGUAAAAUUAACUAUUUAAUACUGACUAGGCAACUUAUCUGCAAUGUGUCAAUGUGAAUAUUAUCUAUCAAUUAUUCCUUAUCACCAAUAAAUUUCAGAAGAAGGUAUAUACUUCUUAUACUGAAUCUUAGAUCCCGGGUUAGUUUUAAAAAUUCACCACUGAGGCACCACCACCAGAAGUUUCAUAUUUGGCAACACUUACGCUACUACUACGACUAGUCUGUCCGUUUUUCUAAGAUCAAGUAUGCCAUAGUAAAUGUAUGGCAAACUUGAUCUUAGAAAUGGGGCAGGCUAUACCAAGGUGUUUUGCUUACUGAUGCUUUAGUAGAAAGCGCUUCUAGUUUAGUAGUUAUUAGGGAUUUUUAUUACAUAUUAUCCCAAAGCACCUUUUGAAAAACUCAGUUCAAUAUCCUUUCAGUAGUCAGACGACCGGUCUGGCCUAUACUCUGUAUCUUUUGGUAUUUAAAUAAAAGUAAACAAAAUCUACCCUCAAUACAUGAUCAAAUAAUAUAGGAUAAAGUCGGGUCGUUCAGUGACAGAUCCAGGCGGUUUUGUAUUUGGUUGGUCAACCAAUAAAUGUUAUAACUACUUUAUUUAAAUACCUAAAGAUACAGAGUAUAGUGGAUGUGUGUAUGAAGCCAAUGGUGUCGAGUUCGAAUCCCGGUAAGGUCAUUUAUUUGUGUGAUGAACACAGAUAUUUAUUCCUGAGUCAUGGGUUUUUUUCUAUGAAUAUAAGUAUGUAUUUAUCUAUAUACAAAUACAUCAUCGCUUAGUA